AUGGCGGCAGUAGGAACAGGUCUCCGGGGUGAACCCGCUCAGACGCCAUGGAAGGAGAAUCUCGCUGAACGCCUGAUAUGUCCCGAGUGCAAGGAGAAUCCUCCUAAUCUUGUCCCAGAAAGUCAUGAAACGAUAUGUGGCUCGUGUGGGCUCGUUUUGGCCGAUAGAGAAAUAGACCCCCAUUCGGAAUGGCGUACGUUCUCGAACGACGACCAGAACAAUGACGACCCUUCUCGAGUUGGUGAUGCUUCAAAUCCUCUGCUAAAUGGCAACCAACUUGAAACGCAAAUUUCGUUCGGCACAGGCGGUGCGCGGAGCAGGGAGCUGCAUCGUGCCCAAAGCAAGAUGUCAAAUGAGAAAACAAACAAGGCUCUGCUUGCGGCAUAUAAAGAAAUAGGGUCCCUAUGUGAUGGAUUUAACAUCCAAAAGAACGUCGCGGACACCGCAAAGUACCUUUUUAAGAUCGUCGAUGAUGCAAAAGCAUUCAAGGGGAAAUCUCAAGAUGUUAUUAUUGCUGGUUGUAUUUUCAUUGCUUGUCGGCAGUGUAAAGUUCCCCGAACAUUUACAGAGAUCUUUGCGGUCACGAGAGUUUCCAAGAAGGAAAUUGGCAGGAUCUACAAGGCACUGGAGAAAUUCUUCACGGCCCAGAACCUUGAACGCAUUAAUUCCGUGGUAUCAAGUGGAGGUGUUCCUGACCCCAACGAUGCAUACACCGGAACAACAUCUACUAAACCAAGUGAUCUCUGCAACCGAUUCUGCAACCUUCUCGACCUGCCCUUCCAGGUCACAAACGUCUCAUCCAUGCUUGCGGACCGAGUCACUUCGAUGGGUGAUCUCGCUGGCCGCUCCCCACUUUCCAUCGUUGCGGCUUCCAUAUACAUGGCCUCCUUUUUAAUGGGCCACGGGAAGUCAGCCAAGGAAAUUUCUGGUGUCGCCCAUGUUAGCGACGGCACGAUUCGCGGUGCCUACAAACAGCUAUACGCUGAGAGAGAACGAUUGAUUGACCCUGCUUGGAUUAAGGAUGGUAAGGGUGACAUGAACAAGCUUCCUAUUAGCUGA